AUUGGCAUAACGUAACAAUGUACAUAUUGCUAAAGCUUACUUUGGAGAUUUACAAUAUUAACAUCAUUAAUAAUUAUAAUCAAUACUGUCAACGGGACAACAGUAACUACAAUGACCAAGUCUCUCUCUCUCUCAAUCUCUCUCUCUCUUAACCUCACACACAAACCAAUGCAUGCAAGCACACACGCAUACACUAACCUCCACGAAACACAUUCUCUCUCUCUAUCUCUCCCUCUUUUUUCUCCCGCUUUUUAUCUCUCCAUACCGUUCUGUACCCAAUACUCCCCCCUUCCGCCCCUCCUCUCUUUUACUCCUCCCCCUCCUCCCUCUCCGGGCUGUCUGAGUAAGUGCUGCAGCAUCCUCACAGCGGAGUGUGUAUGUGAGAGGAGUGUGUGAGUGGUGAGCACCGGGGAUCUUGAACCAGAGGGGUUCCGUGUGAAGAGAAGGGCUCUUCUGUGCGUGUGCUUGCCGUGUGUGUUUGUGGGUGUGUGUGAGUGUGUGCGUUUUCUCGAUCUAUGCGUGCGAGCAAGUGAGCGUGUGUGUGACGACGCUGUCCUCGUUCUGCACCGACCGGACCCUCUCUCUCAUCUCAUCAUGCAGCCGGCUGUGCUCAUCUCACCGCUGUGACGACUGAGUGUCUAGACCAGGCUCUGGAGACUGAGAGAGAGAGACAGGCAGAGAGACCGACACACAGACAGACAGGCAGAGAGACAGAUGGACUGUUGGUGGCGUGUGAUGCUGUGAUUCCUAGUGGAAUAGAAGGGUCUCCUCUGCAUGGGACACUGUUGUAAGCCCUCAUUAAGUUAACGAAUUGGAGACAGACAGGCAGACAGACAGACAGACAGACAGACAGCUCUCCGGUCGACUCGAAGGACCACCUCUCUUUCUGGGGUUUGGGAUGUGCUGCUUCUGGAUGGACUAGGAGAAAGGUCUCCUCUCUUUCUUCCCAUCUCCUCCUCCUCUCCUGUCUUCCACGAGAGAGCGCUCAGUGAGGAUCUGAUCCUGGAGUGUAGAGAGAUACAGAGGGCCUGACGGGACGCGAGGCAGCAUGGCUCGUCUCAACUGGUGCCUGGCCGCUGUCAUCAGCUGGGGCAAGUUCCUCUUUUCCUGCUUCUUCCCCCUACGGGGGGCCAAGAAAGACAAGCCUGAGGAGUUGGAGAGUGUCCACACACACAAUUUCAAGCUUAAGCCCUUCAAGAAAAUCAAGAGCUGUGAUGUAUGUCAGCAGGCCAUCACCAAGGAUGGGCUCAUCUGUAAAGUGUGCAAGCUGGGCAUCCAUAAGAAGUGUGAGGUGAAGGUCCUGGCAGAUGCAUGUGUGGCACCUACCGGAUCACCUACCAAGCCGCCGUCCACUGAUCCUCCUUGGAGGUCAGUUGCUUCGCUUAAUUCCCGGCCAGCCACUCCUCAGCUGCCGUUGAAGCAUGUAGAAACUCCGGGAACCCCAAGGUCCUGUAAGAGUGAGCAGACUAGACGAAGGUCAUCACGGAGUGUCAGUCUGCUGCAGGCCAUGGAUGAGAACUAUGAGGUGGACCUGGUGUACAUCACCGAGAGGAUCAUCUCUGUCUCCUUCCCCAGCGGAGCGGAGGAGCGCAGCUACACCUCCAACAUUAAGGAGGUGGCCUCCAUGCUGGCCUCCAAACACGGGGAACACUAUCUGCUCCUCAACCUAAGCGAGCGGAGGAAUGACAUCACCAAGCUUAACCACAAGGUGCUGGAGUUUGGCUGGCCAGACCAUUAUGCUCCGGCCCUGGAUAAGAUCUGCAGCAUGUGCAAGGCCAUGGACACCUGGCUCAACGCUGACCAACACAAUGUAGUGGUGCUUCACAACAAGGGGAACCGUGGGAGGACAGGAGUGGUGGUGGCUGCCUACAUGCAUUACAGCAACAUAUCAGCCAGUGCUGACCAGGCACUGGACAGGUUCGCCAUGAGGCGCUUCUACGAAGACAAAGCACUUCCUGUGGGUCAACCGUCCCAGAGAAGGUAUGUGCGUUACUUCAGUGGUCUGCUCUCUGGCCACAUCAAGAUUAACAACAAGCCUCUGUUCCUGCACCACGUCAUCAUGCACGGCAUCCCCAACUUCGAGUCCAAAGGAGGCUGUCGUCCUUUCCUGAAGAUUUACCAGGCGAUGCAGCCAGUCUACACGUCAGGGAUAUAUAACGUCCAAGGUGACAGUCACACCAGUAUCUGCAUCACCAUUGAACCUGGCCUUCUCCUAAAGGGAGACAUUUUGACGUUGUUCACACCCAAGGCCCCCUCGACGGCAGCCUGUAUGCCCGAGUCCACAAGAAAGAGUCCCUCGAUGGAGUGGUCACAAUCAACGGCCUUCCCGUCCUCGACCACCCCCUAUCGAACGCAGACCACACCCCCCAACACCCUGACCACACCCUCCCAAGUUCUGACCGCACCCUCCCGGUAGUGGGCCACGCCUCCCUGCCCGCGGUCGACCACGCCCUGUCGGUCAGCAGCGACUCUGGGAACUCGACAGCAUCCGUCAAAACCGAUCGCACCGAUGACCACAGUCUGUUGCUGCAUGGAGCGGUGAACACCAACCAGAACCACAACACGCCCAGUCAUCCCCCUCUCAGUCCCCAGGAGAAGAGAGAGUUGGACCAGCUUCUGAGUGGCCUUGAGGCCCCCAUGCUCCACCGCCAGGCCUACCUGGCUACCUCCACCAGCCCCGGGGGGGGAAUACGCCACCUUGUCCCAGCCCAGGUGCACGUCAGCGGACAUACCCGGCUCAUUGCAGCCCCCUCCGCCGAAGAGCGCGAGACGGACAUCUUGGACGACGAGCUACACAUCAAUCAGGAGGGUAACAGCGUGGACAGUUUGGGAACACUCUCGUCAUUGGAGGGCCAGGCCACGCCCGCAGAGCUGUACUACCAAUCACAGAUACCCAAUAACAGGCAGAACGACGGGCCAUACCUAGAGAAGCUACGGGAGAUGCCGGUGCACCGGGUACGGACUUCUACGUCGGCACAGGAGCGGAUCAUGGACUCCAGUUCGCCCCAGGAGGAGGAGUACUCUCCUAACAGUUACCAGAACGGGAGUAUGCAGCGUUCCCAGUCCUUCGGGACCCCCGAGCCGGGAGGCCCCAAGCUGCCCAGGGCCCCUGAGAGGAGCACCAGUAGCAGGGAGGCAGUCCAGAGGGGGCUGAACGCAUGGCACCAGUACAGUCUGCCAGACGACCCCUUCGGUCCUCCCUUACAGAGCACCCACAGUCUGCCCCACUUCCCCCCCUCUCAGCACGACAUAGAGCAGUCUAUCGAAGCCCUCGACAUGCUGAUGCUGGAUCUGGACCCACACACAGGACAGGUGCCCAAGUCCUACAGCGCCCCCUCUGGUGAGAACAGUGUAGGAGGGUCAGCCCAGAUCCCCUUCUCCCAAUCUCUGGCCAGGCCGUCCUACCAGGCAGACUCAGCCAUCCAUGGCUAUAACAUUAACUACAAUGCCUUCGGACAGCCUCUGAGGUCGACGGCUGGCCGGGUUUCAACGUCGCCCGUCCAGAGUCCUGUGGCUGAGUCUCCCCUGUCGUACGCCCCCCCGAGGUCCGCCUCGUACCAGCCCCACACCAACACCACUCCAAUACACCCCCCCGAGCCCUACCACACGCGCCCAGCCCAGGGGCCUGGUUCCCCCCUCUACCCCUCUGACUCCUCCCCCACCUUCGGACAGCUCCAGAUGAAACCCCUGAACUCGUACCCAGGUGGGACGGUGGUGUCCUACUCCCCAGACCGCAAGGGAGGGUCUCCCUAUCAUGGCUACAGCACCUCCUCCUCCCCCCUCCCCAACUCUUCCCCCCUUCUCAAGGAGCCAGAACCUGAGGAGGAGAACCUCAAUCUGGAGGGCCUGGUGGCUCAACGCAUCGCUGGGAUGCGUUCCCGUGGGAUGACCCCGGAGGAGGCUCAGGAGACCGUCCGCCGUCGGACCACUAGCGAGGGGCACUACCAGAGUGGCAAUGAGGACCCUCCAGCCCACACGGGGGCGCCGGUGCGUUCCCCUGUCCACUCGUCAGACUUCCACAUCCUCAACCCUGGAGGAAGACCCAGAGAGGGCCCCAUGCACAGCUACCGCGAGGCGUAUGAGGAUGAUGAUGCUGACGAUCGGGCUGCUGUCAGUCCUAUGUUCAGCAGUGGUGGUGAGGCCCACCCCCUGACCCCUGCCUUCCCUGUCUCACCUCAGACCCCUUACUUCAACAUGUCCCGUUCUCCUCCAGGCUUGGCCAAAACCCCUCUCUCUGCUUUAGGACUGAAGCCCCACCAUCCAGCAGACAUUCUCCAUGGUGGAUCAGACUGUGAAUCUGUAAGCGAUGAGGAGCAAGACGGCCGUGGUUAUGGUGGACACCCCUUUAAUGAUCCUAUAUCUUCCAGUAGUCCCAUCCACAGCCCAGACGGCAUGAGGAUGACUUCCUCCAUUCGGCUCCAGGCUGACUCCGGCUUCCACUCCCACCCCUUGGAGAGCGCCCAGCACACCCCCGUUCCGUCCUAUGGCCCCCACUCCCCUGAGGGAUCCCAGGUCAGCGUCGUGGGCCCCCUCCACACCGUCCCCGGAAGCCCCAACACACUCCACCGCACGGUGGCCACCAACACCCCACCAAGCCCCGCCCUCCAGCGCCGCCUGGCCAACCAGGCCAGCCCGGGUCUGGCUCGUCACCCCACACCGCCCAAUGGAAAUAGGGUACAAGUCCCCGGCAGCCCUGUGAUCCCCGCAAGAGGCUCCAGAACCACCGCCGUCCCUCCUAGCCCUUUGAUGGGGCGCCACCCGAUGGCCAGUGGCCACACUACGCCCGAUGACAGACAGGGGGCACCACCCACGCCCUCCUUCCCAGUGUCGCCCCAGCCGAUGCUUCCAGAGAAGAGACGGAUGCCUAGUGGAGAGAGGUCCAAUGGGGGGCUGUCGUAUGGGACUGUGGAUGGGAAGACCACCACACCCACCUUACCCAGUGGAGGCAGCACGCCCAGUGUGUCGACCUCUCACACCCUACCCGACCUCUCCAAAUUCUCUAUCUACGACCAGAGUCCAGACAUCAGGCUGAACGUGAAGUUUGUCCAGGACACGUCUAAGUUCUGGUACAAGCCAGACAUCUCCAGAGAGCAGGCCAUCAGUCUGCUGAGAGACAGGGAGCCAGGGGCCUUCGUCAUCAGGGACAGUCACUCCUUCAGAGGGGCCUACGGCCUGGCCAUGAAGGUGGCCUGCCCACCUCCCACCGCCCAGGCCAACAAGAAAGUUGGUGACAUCACAAGCGAGCUGGUGAGGCACUUCCUGAUUGAGACGAGCCCCAAAGGCGUGCGUCUGAAGGGCUGUCCCAACGAACCCUACUUUGGAUGUCUGUCUGCCCUGGUGUACCAACACUCGAUGACUCCUCUGGCCCUGCCCUGCAAGCUGAUGAUCCCCAGCAAAGAUCCCAAUGAGGAGGCCCUGGAGCUGGACACUCCCACUGACACAGUGGCCGAGCUGGUGAAACAAGGAGCAGUAGCACAGCAACAAGUCCCCGAGGAGGCCCAUGCAUGCAAUGUUCUUUACAUCAGCUCUGUGGACAUGGAGUCUCUGACCGGUCCUCAGGCCGUCGCCAAGGCAAUCAGCGAAACGGUGGCUGUCAACCCGUUGCCCGCGGCAACAACCGUCCAUUUCAAAGUGUCGUCCCAGGGCAUCACCCUCACGGAUAGCCAGAGGAAGGUCUUCUUCCGAAGGCACUACCCAAUCAACACUGUCACCUACUGUGACAUUGACCCCCAGGACAGGAAGUGGAGCAAGGAAGGAGGUGGAACGGCAAAACUGUUUGGUUUCGUGGCACGUAAACAAGGAAGCACAACGGACAACGUCAGCCACCUGUUUGCCGAGUUGGACCCCGACCAGCCUGCUUCAGCCAUCGUCAACUUCGUCUCCAAAGUCAUGAGGCGAUGAAACCAACCAACCCCCGGCAGCCAUUUUUUUGUUCUUCCAUUUUUUUUCUCCUUAAUUUUGGAAUGUAUUUCAUUAUUUUCUUCUGUUCUCUUUGUUUUCUUCUGCGAGAUUUUAUGUUUGAAGGACUUGGAGGUAAUCCAAGAUGGCGUCAGAGGAAGUUGUGGCUGGAGUGGUGACAGUGAUAACGUGGCUCGAGCUGGUGGAGGAAGAUGGUUUCUUCCACAGGGUAACUGUGGAAGUCCAAGUGGAGAAGCUGCGUGCUAAACUACGUAUCGGUGGGAGAAAAGGACACUGACAUUUAUCAGGUUUUCGGAUUGAUUUACCAAAGGUAGCACUCAGAACAAGUAUGUCAUUAUUAGAUGGUCAGUGUAAGGCGUUGUAGGUUUUCUUUUUUUUUUGUUCUUUUUUUACAAUGGGACUGUUGAAAUGAAACAGACAAAAACAGAAAGAAUGCUUUCUUCUUGAACUUUAUUCUGUCUUCAGAAAAAUAGUUUGCCUCAAUGGCUUCUUACUAAAGAAUAUUUAAGAAGACAUUUUGCAUGUUAGCUCGAUCUUUAAGCUUGGUCCACUAAAGUAAUUUGUGAACCCUCGAGUGGACAUUUCCCAGGCCUGUUGUAUGUUGUAAAGGGCUCAACAGCGAGAAAAAUAAACUGUUCUCAACUUCACAGAGCAGAUCAACCUUCUCAUAAAACACAUUGCUAAUGUUAGGUCCAGACUUGACCAGUCGAUCCUGGAGUGCACUGAUUGAUUUCAGAUGUGGGAGAUGGAUUACUCUGGCCUGUGGAAAGGUAGCUGGUAAAUCUACUGCUGUCACUUCUCCUGUCCACACGGUGGUGCCGAUUAUCCACGUUUGAACUCAAUCCUGCUUGUCUCAGACUGAUCCUCACCUGCUGGCUGCUCACAGACACUGCUACUUAACACACUGGAAACAAACGACAGGGACUGGUCCGAGCCCUGGGCCCUAGGCACUGUCCUGCAUGUUUUAGUCCAACUGCACCCCCCUCCCUCUAAGCUACGUUCAACAUCCCCAAAACGGCCAUUCUAUGCUGUGUUCUAUGAAGACUUUACCCCUAAGACAAGAAAACAGAGGUUGUUUGCCUUGUUAGAGACUGCAUGAUAUUAUAAACCACUUUUGGACUCUACUAAAGAGUCCUAAAAAGAAAAAAGAACAUGUAGACAGCCUUUUGUUGAAGUACUUACUCGAUGGUGAGAUGCGAUAUUUAUUUUAUUUUCUUGUUCCAACUUGCAGCAGGGUUUCACUGUAUCAAGCAAGGUUGUCUUUCAUUUUUAACCAAAAGGGAAUUUAUCCUCUCACCAGAUCGCAUCUACAUACCUUUAGACAAACCUAGAGGUUGUCACACUGUGUGUAAAUGCCUGCUUCUCAAACACACACCACUCACCCAUCUUUCAUAAGCUAAGGAAAAAUGAUAUUGAUAUCAAAUGUAUAUAGAUAUACUACUUUGAAAGGUGACAUAGCUAAAAAAAAUAUUUAUUUUUGUUGCUUUGUUCCUCCAUGAUAACUCAUAUAUACAUAUAUUGUACAGUCUACAUAAAGAAGAUUACCUUAAGGAUUGAGAAAAAAAUACUUAUUUUGGCUAAUGAUUUCAAAGUCGGGAGAUUUUGAAAGGCUUUUGGAUAUAUAUGGUGUACAUUACUCAGUACAUGUAUGUUUGUUCUAGCUCGUCAUGUUUCUUCUUCUUCGCGUUCUCAGAGAUUGAGGUUAGGCAUGUAUGGGAUGAAAGCAUAUGAUUUUUACAGGAAAAAUGCAUGGACAAAACCGUCCGGGUGGUAUACCAACAUAAUGUUCAAGUUUGUCUUAAACGCUGCCAUAAUACAGCGAAUAAUAUCAGUUACAUGGCAAAUGUUGUUGCCAGUUUUAGGGUCAGCUCUUGAAUAUGGAUUUACCAUAUUAUGAAAAUAUGAAAUGUUCUUUAAAAAAAAUCUGUUUUUAUAAGGGAAGCAUGAGGACAUUUAAUUUAGAAGCCGACCUUAAAUGCAAUAUGUAAACAACAAUGUGCACCCCAUCAUAACGACAUUAUGAUUUGCCAAAGAUUCAAACACAUAACUUCUUUGGUGUCUACAUGUUUGGCUUUUUCCAAGGAAAUUGUGUUGCUAAGCCGAAUUAAUUCAUAAAUGUUCCUUCUGUUGCCAGUAAAUAUGCAGACCCACAUACCACUAACACCACCAUUAUAUAUGAACUUCCCUAUUCUCUCUCUCGUCCUCUCCAUUGCAACUGAAUGGAUUUGAGACUAUUGUUAACCCGUUUAGAAAUACCAAGCACUUACCAAUGGAACACCACAACCAUACAACAGAUGCAGAGAUGCAAACAAUUACUUUAUAUCAUUUCAUGUGAAUAUCAGUGUUGAAGGCAAAAUGUUGUCUACAAUUCUUCAAAUAUCUUUUAUUUGAGCUACUAUGUCUAGCUAUAAUCACCCCGAUGUCCAAACCGUGGCCCUCUGUGACCCUCUGUGGCCCUCCGUGGCCCUCUCAAAGUAACAUGAUUUAUUUAUUCUCCUUAUUUAUUCUUUAUUUGCCGGUAUGUUUUUUUUUAUUUUUUAAAGUCCUCAACAUUUCAAGCUACAUGACCCCGCGGUUGUCAGUCAGUGUUAACCAAUGGAAAUGGAAUGUGUUUUUGUGUGGAGGUGUGUGGAGGAGUUCAGUGUACAGAUGGGACUUAAUGAGUGUGUGAAUGUAUUACUUAGGAUGUACAGAAGGGUCUUGUGUUUUUUUCUUCAUUUGCAUUAUACUGUCAUGGCUUACCUGUUCCUGAGGAGAAAAAAAAACAUUAAAGCAAUACAAAUCCGUUACAGUAAAACA